CCUGUUGCCAAGACACCCAUCUUAGCCUGUGUCAAUGAUUAAUUCAGUGACUAAUGAUGAGAAAGGAGGAAGUUAUUGGCUGGGGAGUGGUACCUGUCCCAGUGAGAAGAACAUGGCGCGUGACCCAAACUGUUCCCUUAUCAGCGAUCAAUUGCCUCUGUCAUCCGAGAUCUUCCAAGUUAUCAAGGCUGAGAUCUGGAUUUUCUUAAUCCCAGUAUUCCUUGGCCUUAUACAAGUUGGCCUAUUUCUGGAACAAACAGGCUUCUUCUUACGACACGGCAAGAGUUCCCAUCGCACCAGUGUCUUGCUUUGGAUCCUGGGAGUUUAUCCGGUAUUCAACCUCACCUCCCUCAUCUGUCUGUACAUCCCUCGAGCUUCCUUUGUCUGUAACUUUGUGGCUUCCAUCUAUCACUCCAUCACCCUUUGGAAGUUCCUUGCACUGAUCCGGGACUUCUUUGGCGGCUCCGAAAGCAUGGUCCAGAAACUGGCAGGGCAGCGGGUGUCUCCGAAUCCUUUCCCGUGCUGCUGCUGCUGUUGCCUUCCUGAGAUUGCUGCCAAUCGAGCAAACUUGCGAUGCAUGACUGUGGCAGUGUAUCAGCUCUCCCUCAUCCGGACCAUCCUCUUCUUCAUCACCCUUAUCCUCUGGACGGACGAUGAAUACGACUAUGGUGCUGUGGGCUACACCAAUCCCAAUUCCUACAUCAAUGUCAUUAUCGCCAUCUCUACCUUCCUCUCCUUCUAUGGCUACUUGCUCUUUUACAAGGCCACCAAGCCGGCCCUUGAUGGCUACAACCUGCGCUACAAGUUUGUCUGCAUCAUUUUGGUUCUUGUCCUUUGCGGGCUGCAGAGCGGAAUCGUGGAAACGUUGGGAGCCUUGGGUGCCAUUCCUUGCAGCCCAUCUCUCUCCCCUGUUACCCGCUCCCAAAUGAUCUACUACUAUGCUUUGGCCAUUGAGAUGUUCUUUAUUGGCAUAUUUGCUCAUUAUUCUUUCCGAAGAAUUGAGCCCUCCAUGGAAGCUGAGCAGGUCAUCCACCAUCAAGCUUCCCAGACCCAGGAAGGCCCAUCUGGUCGUUGUAGCCCCGCUGAUGGUGUGUCUGUGGAGGGAACAAACCCUGGCUACCUCUGUGAUGAGGCUUUCUGUACAAUUGAACAUUCUCCCCUGGACCGCUUUGAUUUCAUUGUCAAGGAGCCUGUGAACAGACAGCAGCAAAGCUGGGGGCCUGGCUGCCAGAGAGGGGGAGCCCUGAAGACAGAGGGGCUUAAGUUAAGCCUACAACAACCUGGAACCGAAGGGUCAAGUGAAAUCCAAAUCCAAUCCCACAUUAACAAAAUGGAAGCAAAUGGAGCCUCUGCUGUAUAGCCACCGUCUUUAAAGGACAGAGACACAGUGACAGCUGAAUCCAGAAUGCAUAAUGUCAAGGCAUACAGAUUGGUGAUGGUGGGGAUAUUGAACUCCAGGUAUGACCAGGCAAAAAUGCGCACCUGUGUGCAGAUAUGCCCAAACAUAUAAUAUUGUGGGAGAUUUCAGUGCUUCUGUAUUAGGUGGAGAACUUUUGUUCCAGCCGUGGCUAAACUUCCUCAGGAUGGAUUGUGAAGACUUAUUGGGAAAACAGAGCCAUUGUUCUGUUCCUUUGUAACAACCCGUCUUUAUACUUCUCCUUUUCCUCUUACUCUUUCCAGAAACCUAACUUAUUUUCUUGUGAAGAACUUUUCAGGUGGCGCAGGAAAUUAGGGCGAAGGGCCCCCCUUGUUCAACAUUACAACUCUGCAGUACUCACUAAACUCAAAUAUGGUUGGCUACUUUAUGGUGUCAGGCAUCAUACAA